UGGCUCUUCGCAGGGGAUCGGUGUGUGUGUGGCGGUGACAGCAGCAGCGGUGGGCGGGGGCAGGGCUCUGUGCACGGACCGAGUCUAGUCUUCGCAGAGACCGUAGACCGGAGGGGAGUUAACACGGGGAUUGGGGCUGCUCUUCACUGCACGGAAUCGCGUGCUGUGACUUCUGGCUUGGUGGGAGGGUCUCGGUCACCAUGACAGACUAAAGGGAGCUCUGUCUCUGCUGGACAUGGCUUUUUUUGUACUACUCGCCCCCUGCUACCUGCCACAUGAGUCCUCCAGCCUGUGAGCGACCACAUCAGCUGUUUAUGGAAACUACAACUGCUUUCCCACAUUUGAGGAAUUAACCCGGGAUAACCAACCCCAUCCCCCCUCCACCCUCUGGAAAUUGGGACUUUUCUUUGCGAUCGGGCGGAGGAGGUAGAAAUAAAACAAAUACAAAAUGGCGAACAACUCGUACAGCGGGGUGAAGAACUCCCUGGUGGAGGCCAAUCACGAUGCGGAGUUUGGCUGUUCGCUAAAAGAACUGCGCGCUUUGAUGGAGCUGAGAGGAGCAGAGGCGCUGGGAAAAAUCGGGGAAAGUUACGGAGAUACGCAAGGACUCUGCAACCGGUUAAAAACAUCACCUGUAGAUGGUUUGAGUGGACAGCCUGCGGACAUCGAGAAGAGAAAAACAGUGUUUGGGCAAAACUUUAUACCGCCCAAAAAACCCAAGACUUUCUUACAGUUAGUGUGGGAGGCGCUUCAGGACGUCACCCUCAUCAUCCUGGAAGUAGCAGCCGUAGUUUCACUAGGCCUUUCUUUUUAUAGACCUCCAGACGCAGAAAGAGACCAUUGUGGAAAAGCGGCUGGCGGUGUUGAGGACGAGACUGAGUCGGAGGCGGGCUGGAUCGAGGGGGCGGCCAUCUUGCUGUCUGUGAUCUGCGUUGUCCUGGUGACGGCCUUUAACGACUGGAGCAAAGAGAAGCAGUUCAGAGGUCUCCAGAGUCGCAUCGAGCAGGAGCAGAAGUUCACCGUGGUGCGCGGGGGCCAGGUCAUACAGAUCCCAGUGGCCGAGAUAGUGGUGGGAGACAUUGCACAAGUUAAAUAUGGUGACCUCUUGCCUGCUGACGGAGUCCUUAUCCAGGGCAACGAUCUGAAGAUAGAUGAGAGCUCGCUGACAGGGGAGUCGGACCAUGUGAAGAAGACACAGGAAAAAGACCCCAUGCUCUUAUCAGGCACUCACGUAAUGGAGGGCUCAGGGAAGAUGGUGGUGACCGCUGUGGGCGUCAACUCCCAAACUGGAAUAAUCUUCACUUUACUUGGAGGAGGAGAGGACGACGAAGACGAAGAGGAGGAGAAGAAGAAAGAGAAGGAGGAAAAGAAGAAAGCCAAAAAAAACAAAAAACAAGACGGAUCUGUGGAGAAUCGUAAAAAAGCUAAAGCACAGGAUGGCGCCGCGAUGGAAAUGCAGCCUCUGAACAGUGAUGAAGGAGCGGACGCAGAGGAGAAGAAGAAAGCCAAUCUGCCAAAGAAAGAGAAGUCUGUUCUCCAGGGCAAACUGACCAAACUGGCCGUGCAGAUCGGCAAAGCAGGUCUGGUCAUGUCGGCCAUCACAGUCAUCAUCCUGGUGGUGCUAUUCGUCGUAGACACGUUCUGGAUCCAAAACCUGCCCUGGGUCAAAGACUGCACGCCCAUCUACAUCCAGUUCUUUGUCAAAUUCUUCAUUAUCGGCGUCACUGUUCUGGUGGUAGCUGUUCCAGAGGGAUUACCGCUGGCUGUAACCAUCUCUCUGGCCUACUCAGUGAAGAAAAUGAUGAAGGACAACAACUUGGUGAGACACUUGGACGCCUGUGAAACUAUGGGCAACGCCACUGCCAUCUGCUCCGAUAAAACGGGCACUCUCACCAUGAACCGCAUGACUGUGGUACAGGCCUACGUCGCGGAAAAGCACUACAAGAAAGUCCCAGAGCCCGAAAACAUCCCUACUUCCACUUUAGAUAUUCUAAUUCUGGGCAUUGCUGUCAACUGCGCCUACACCACCAAAAUCAUGUCUCCUGAAAAAGAAGGGGGCUUGCCUCGGCAGGUGGGGAACAAAACCGAAUGUGCCUUGCUCGGCUUCGCUAACGACCUGAAGCGAGACUACCAGGUCAUACGCAACGAGAUCCCCGAAGAGAAACUCUACAAAGUCUACACCUUCAACUCUGUGCGCAAGUCCAUGAGCACAGUCCUCAAGAUGGCUGACGGCAGCUACCGCAUGUUCAGCAAAGGAGCGUCUGAAAUCCUGCUCAGAAAAUGUUAUAAAAUCUUAACGGCGAACGGUGAGCAGAAGGUGUUUCGUCCACGCGACCGUGACGAUCUGGUGAAGAAGGUGAUCGAGCCCAUGGCGUCGGAGGGGCUUCGGACCAUCUGCCUGGCCUACAGGGACUUCCCCGCAUCAGACGGAGAACCGGACUGGGACAGUGAGAACGACAUCCUCAGCGGCCUCACCUGCAUCUGUGUGGUGGGCAUCGAAGACCCCGUCAGACCAGAGGUCCCAGAUGCCAUAAAGAAGUGCCAGCGCGCGGGCAUCACGGUGCGGAUGGUGACCGGAGACAACAUCAACACGGCUCGGGCCAUCGCCACCAAGUGUGGGAUCCUGCAGCCGGGAGACGACUUCCUGUGUCUGGAGGGCAAAGAGUUCAACCGCCGGAUACGUAACGAGAAGGGAGAGAUUGAACAGGAACGCAUUGACAAAAUCUGGCCCAAGCUACGAGUCCUGGCACGGUCUUCACCAACAGAUAAACACACUUUAGUUAAAGGUAUUAUUGACAGCACAGUGAUAGAGCAGAGACAGGUGGUGGCUGUAACAGGAGAUGGUACGAACGAUGGUCCUGCCUUGAAGAAAGCAGAUGUUGGUUUUGCCAUGGGCAUUGCUGGCACAGACGUGGCCAAAGAAGCCUCGGACAUCAUCCUGACAGACGAUAACUUCAGCAGCAUCGUGAGGGCCGUGAUGUGGGGACGAAACGUGUACGACUCCAUUUCAAAGUUCCUCCAGUUUCAGCUCACGGUCAACGUCGUGGCUGUGAUCGUCGCAUUCACUGGAGCAUGUAUCACACAGGAUUCCCCGCUGAAGGCUGUGCAGAUGUUGUGGGUGAAUCUGAUCAUGGACACGUUUGCUUCUCUGGCUCUGGCCACGGAGCCGCCCACAGAGUCUCUGCUGCUACGGAAACCAUACGGACGCAACAAGCCCCUCAUCUCACGCACCAUGAUGAAGAACAUCCUGGGACAGGGCGUGUACCAGCUCGUCAUCAUCUUCACUCUGCUCUUCGCGGGAGAGAAGUUGUUCGACAUUGACAGCGGCAGGAACGCCCCGCUCCACGCGCCCCCAUCUGAACACUACACCAUCGUUUUUAACACUUUCGUCCUGAUGCAACUUUUCAACGAAAUCAACGCUCGGAAAAUCCACGGAGAGAGGAACGUGUUUGAGGGAAUCUUCAACAACCCCAUAUUCUGUAGUAUCGUCUUUGGAACUUUCAUUGUCCAGAUCGUCAUUGUGCAGUUUGGAGGAAAACCUUUCAGCUGUGUGGCUCUGACCAUCGACCACUGGCUCUGGUGCACCUUCCUGGGCUUUGGCUCUCUGCUCUGGGGACAGGUAAUCUCUUCGAUACCCACGAGUCGACUAAAGUUCUUGAAGACGGCGGGCCACGGCACACAGAAGGAGGAGAUCCCAGACGAGGAGCUGGAGGAGCUGGAGGACAUGGACGAGAUCGACCACGCCGAGAGGGAACUGCGCCGAGGACAGAUCCUAUGGUUCAGAGGUCUAAACCGCAUUCAGACUCAGAUGGAUGUAGUCAGUGCUUUCCAGAGUGGAACUUCCUUUCAGGGGGCUCUAAGGCGGCAGGCCUCCAACUCCAGCCAACAACAGCACGAUGUAACCAAUGUUUCUAGCCCUUCACAUAUCCGGGUGGUGAAUGCAUUCCGCAGCUCCAUCUCCCUCUAUGAGGGGCUGGAGAAGCCCGAGUCUCGCAGCUCCAUUCAUAACUUCAUGACUCACCCCGAGUUCAGGAUCGAGGACUCGGAGCCCCACAUCCCGCUCAUCGAUGACACAGACGCCGAGGACGACGCGCCCACCAAACGAAACUCCGCCAGCCCCCGCAACGCCACGCCCACUCCGCCCUCACCUACCCCCUCCCCCGUCUCUGCGGGCCCCCCCGCUGCACUGCCCCUCUCCCCCAACCAGAACAAUAACGCCGUGGACAGUAACCACCUGCUCCCGGAGGCCCCCAAGUCGGCCACGCCCUCUGCCCCCAGCAGCCCCCUGCACAGCCUGGAGACGUCGCUCUGAUGCCCCUGAGCUCCGGGGCGGGGGCAGGUGCGGCAGGUGCGGCCCUGGGCAGGAGCGGACUCGGCUGCAGACUCAGUGGAAUGUAGGCGUGGUGUGGAUGCUUUGGUCUUUACGUUUGGUUGUUUUCGCCGCUGCACAGGACUCCGCCCUCUUCCCUUGUUUGGCUCGGUAACACGGGGUGACUACAAACUGAUUGAAAGUGACCUGUUUUUAUGAUAUUAUUAUUUUAAUUUUGAAUGGAGCUUGAAGAUCGUCUGUAAGAUUCUGAACGAACCUCUGGCUUCUUUUAUCUGAAUGGUGUUGUAUAUUUAUAUUUCUGGCCCUCGCUCAUUCUGUUCAUUGGCUGUUAAUAUUUUGAGUUAUUUAUGUUUUUGGAAAAGCAGGUCUGUUUACAAAGUUUGUAGAUACUUUUUUUCUGUUUGUAGGCAAAGAGCUUCCUGAUGUAUGAUACAGACAAUGGGGCAGAGUUAAAUGAAUGAGAGGAUUAUUUCAGAUACUGCUGUAUUUUCAGGAAAAGGGUGUUUCUAUUUGAAACUUAACUAUUUUUGCCUGCAAGUUUUAUUUGUUAUAUAUUUGUAGAUAAAUAUAGAACCUUCUAGCCAAACGGAUAAACACUAAGGCUUGUAUAGAGAGGUCCAGCAGAGACGGGACAAUACACACAUUAGGACCUCUGUCCACUAACUUGCUAUAAAUAUAUUUACUUCUUCCAUUCUUUGAUAGUUCAAUGUGCACAAAACCUUCUGCGUUCUGGUUUGUUUUCAUUCGUUGUGUUCAAGGAUUUCCACAUGUUGAAAGGUUCAUUCAUUAAAAGGGACUUUCUAUAGAGAACUGACCUGGGUUUUGACUUGGCACGCAUCUACAAAUCUACCCGUUAGUUUGGCAGAGUACAGAUAGUCUUACCUUAAAGCAGGCCUUAUAUCGAAAUGUUCUGAAUAGGUUUUGGGCGUGUGUUUGGUUACGCACAAAUGAAGCUUAAAAAUAUUUUGCCAAAAUUCAUAAAAGCACCAAAUUGAUCUAUUCAAAUUUUAGGUUGUCAUACAUUUAUUUUCUUUGGCUUAUCGAUUUUUUUUCUGAGCAGUUUUUAGUCAAGGGCUGCACAAUUUUGAAAAAUAAAUCAUACUUACAAUUGAGUUAUUCUGGCCAGAUUUUUUGUUUAGAGAGUGUGUACUGAUACUUCGCAGUAACAUCAUGCUGGGGGUGUUCUACAUGCAUCUCUAUUGGCAAAUCAGACUUGAGUCACUAUUUUUAGGACUUGAGACUUGACUCGAUAAAAUGGACUUAGAUUUGAGAAGACUUGAGAAGCACUUUUAAAUCUGAAUUCUUUCUAUUCUGACUGUAAUGAUUCACACUAAGAUCUUGACAAGACAUUUAAAAAGUAAAAAUUCACUAAAUAUUUUUUUGUACAACUCUUACAUAUUCUAUAAAUACUCAUAUAUAAAUACACUAUGACUUUUUAACUACAAUUUAUCUUAAAAUUCAUAUAAAUUGUAAAAAUCUAAGCUAUAUUUGGUGCUUUUUCGGUUUAAAGACUUGAAACGACUUGAAGCUCAAAGCAGACGACUCGGACUUGACUUGGACUUAUGAGCCAGCGACUCGAGACUCGACUUGGACUUGCCCGUUUUUGACUUGGGACUUGACUCGGACUUGAGGUCAAAGACUUGAGACUUGCAAAACAAAAAACACGAUUACCAAGGUGGCAAAGAAAAAAAAAAAAGUUUGAAGAUAAUCUGAAAACGCAAGAAAAAAAACGACAAUUCGAGCGUUCGUGGUCCUUUUUGAUUUUCAACAAAACGGUGAGAGUGACUUCGAAGUAUCAACUGUAAAUAUUUGAGAAAAGACUGAAACUUUAACUAAUACAAGAGUUAACUUCAGGACAUAUUCGUAGACGUCCAAACUACAGAUACAGCAAGAUUUUUCCACUAAAAAGUUCAGAUAUUUUGUUGUUUUUUCUUUUAUAUUAUCCAAAGUUUGAUAAUUACCCCAACUGUGAAGCCCUUAUUUAAGAUUUGUACUUUUUAAUCAGUAUUUUCCACAUAAACGAACCAUACUAAACGUGCCUUGGUCCCAUUUAGAACUACAAUACCAUCUCAAAUUCUUAAUAAUUACUUUUACCACACUAAGUUUUGACGAAAAGCCUCUUGACUGUUGCCUUACUGUGGGGUAGAUUUGUGUGGAUGCCAGCUACACGCGGACCCAGGUUUUUACGUUAUUUUAAUUGGUGCAAUUUGUGAGCUAUAUUUUUUUUUAUUUAUUAUUACUACUAUUAUUAUUUCUUCUCCCUGCCGAUUAUAACUCGCCCCUGCCAAUGCAUGCUCUACCAUUUGUUUACUCAGGCAAAUAGAAAAUGUGUUGCAUUUUAAAGGGAAUCAACUUACGGUCUCCUUUGAGUUCAAUAUAUUCUCAUAGCUGGUUGAUGUCUUGUUCGAAAAAAAAGUACCUUAUUUAUAUAUUUUAGGCGAAACUAAAUUAAAAGUUUUGGUAGUUCUUCUUCUCUGUUUUAGUACCAAGGCAUUUCUCAUUUCUUUCAACCCUGUCCACUUCACUUCUUCAAUUACACACACUGCGUUUUGAGUUGUUUGUUAAGACAUAUUUUGACUGGAAAAUUGGACAUGGAGUUAGUUUAAUUUUUUUUUUCCAAGAAUAAAGCUUUUAGGCGAACACUGGUAACGCUCUGCACAGGGUACUUUAUUUCCUACUGCGUUCCUAAAUACGAAACGCGUUUUGAUACGAAACCUUAAAAGAGAAAUUGUACCUUUGUAUUUUUAUGACAAUACUGAUAAAUGCUUUCCGCUGACUUCAACACAAUUUUGGAUGAUUUGACACCAAACGAUGUUAUUCUACGAGGGGAGGGAGGGUUUUUGGCAACUAAAAAAAAGUAUAUUUAUUGUUCUGGAAAAUCAUCUCAGGGUGCAAACGGUGUGAACGAGAACUGGCCUCUUUUAAUAUACGUUUAUUUCUCACUUCACUGUUUUUGGGCUGGUGCUUGGUAGCUGCACGGGACUCCCACAGGCACUGUACCGCGAGGUUUAGAUCUAAAUUUAAAGACGGGUUGUGUAACUUUUCAGGCAGAGGGUCUGUCAGCUGCCGGUCGCCAUGGAGACGUUGUGAUUGGCCUGGAAUUUUCCACAGUAAGGCGUUAAACUUGUCAAUAUUCUUCAAUUUCAGGUGUUUUUGUGGCUAAAUUACACCUUGAAAACCUCCGAGUGGGCUCGCCUCUCCACAAACCUGACCUGUAACUUGGACUUUGAGGCGUCGCUUUGAUUCUCUCCAUGAAUAAUACAGGUUUAAUGCCAUACUGUGGAACAUUCGAGGCAAAGAAACAGCUCCAAGGAGACGAUCAAGAGGCAGAAAAUCCACGAGAAAAGUUAUGUAGUGGACCUCGAAGUUAAAAAUGGCUUGAAUUAUGAAUAUUUAUCUUUAGUUUAGUUUUUUUUUUUACACAUUUUGCGUUUCGAGAUGUUUUCAAGGCGAAAUAACGGGACAAUGGAGUAAGAUCUGACGUAAAAUCUUACAAAAUCAAAGUGUAAAACCUCCUCAAAUCAAAUUAUAUUCAAAAUUCAAGCCAUUUUAACUUUAAUAUUCGUUGUUGCAGUGUGGGUAAGAGACCACCUCCACUCACAGGAAAGGGAACAGGAAGAAGGUUCAGUAAAUCGGCCGCGUCCAGGUUCUGUUGCUCUGUUUACUCCUCGAAGCCUCAAAGCCUCCUCAGCUGUCAAUCAACUGAAGAGAGAAGGACCAAUAGAGCGGCCUGCGUGCUCGUUUCCUAUUGGCUCUCGCUCCUCAGUGGGCGGGACUACGGGAGAAAAAUAGGCUGUGUUCAUGUUUUUAUAUAUUUAUGUCAAAAUUUCAGAUGGAAAAAUUUGGAUUAGGUUUUGAUUUAAACUAGAAAUCAACCAAAAAAAAUACACUUAUGGAAUUUAAUGACUUAUAAUUUGACACAGUAUUUCCGUUUACUUCUUUUGACCUGAGAGAGACAAAUAUUAAAACUUUUGUGUGUUUUUAUUUCAUGUAAAUAGAGCCAGUAAUUACAAAUAUUAAAACUAAACCAGGUCAAAACAAAUUCUUUAUCACUGAAUUCUUAGCUGCUCUCCACCUUAACUUUAAAGCCGCACUGCGAAACUUCUCAGGUUGGGCGUCCGCUACCGUGGAAACGCUAUUGCUUUGCCUGUAAUGUUCCGCAAUAUUGAAUUAAACUCCUAUAAGAUGCUUUUAUUCAAUUGUGGGUGUUUUAAUGGCUCGAAAACAGCUUUAAAAACAUUGUGAGUGGGCUCGCCUCUUCACAGAUCUCACCCGUAAAUUGGUCUAAUGGCGUCUCCUCCUUGUUUCUACGGAGACUGAAAAGUUUAAUGCCAUAUUCUGGAUUAUUGGAGGUAUUAUUAACAACAAUUUCAGUGAAACAAGUAACCCUCUACAAGAAAAGUUACGCAGUGCAGCUUUAAACCUACAGAGGAGCUUCGAGGAGGCAAGUGAGCAGAAACUGGACGCAGCCCUUGUCUCAAAUUUGUUUUUUUCCGAAUGGCGCUACAACUUAUCAAACAUGUAGGGAUGCAAACAAAGAGAAAAGAGAUUCAUUUUUGGAAAAGUCUGUUCCGUAGCUUCUUCCUGUCAAUGGGAAUGUUUUAUUUUCCAUCUGUUUUAUGGAUCGUUAUUUUUUUAUCUUUGAACAUUUGGAAAUAAAAGUUCUUCAUGUCUGUUUAUCUUGAGCAUUUUAAAUUGAUAUUGUGAUUGGAUUUACAUUUGAAACUUGUCGAGUAAUGUGUAUGGUUUUUAAAAAUAAAAAUGUAUUUAGCCUAACCGCA